AUGGCUUCUCAACUACCAAUACUCAAGCCUGACCGCGCUCUGAAAGAAGUGGAACCAGAUAUUAUUUCCAUCGACAACCACAGGUUUCGUAUCAAUUAUGACGUUCCACAAGAAAUCACCAACCAUUUCUAUCGUUUGGCAGAAAAGGACAACCUAAAAUAUGAUGAAAUCCCGCCCGAGUUGAAGGAAUACGAAUUACACAAUCCGCCGGGAGAGGAAGAGAUGGAAGCAUCUAAUGGUACUUUUAUUGAUAUUGCUGGUCGCGAAUUUUACGUGGGCCCAGACGCGCCACAACACAUCUUCAACCUUCUAGACCAAUUGUUGCAGAGGGGUGAGCAGAUUUCGUAUGAUGAUAUCCCGAAUGAACUGAAGGAGUAUGAGGUGUCGAAUGCGACUUUGAGGACUAAGGAUGCAACGGUUAAUUGA